UCACAGGCUAGAAUAAUCUAGAUCUAGAUGGUGCAACAAGCAGUUUUCAAUGUUAGAAGUCAAACAUUGGAUGACGAAAGAAACGCUUUUGAAAGUUGUGAUAGAGUAGUUUAGUGCCUUAUUCAUACAGGGUUAUUAUCUUAUUCACCUUUUUAGUGGAACAUCCUGCAGAAAAAGCAGAAUUUCAGUAAUAUCUGGUAUAAUGGAUUUUUAUAGUAAGGAACAAUUGGCCAACCACAAUUUGGUGACGCCCCUACAUUUCCAACACACAAAUGUGCUGUUUAAGGGUGGGGCACUGGACGCCCACUGUAGUGCUGUCCCAACACCCAGCUCCACAGGGGCCAUCACACUGCGCAGGAUCAAUCUCCUCAAGUCCAUUGAAAACCUAAAGCAUCAACAUCUGUGUGAGGAUGAUGCAAUGCCCCAACAAGAGAACAGUUCAGGACAAGAGUCAGUGGUCAGCCAUCAAAACGUCAAUAAAACCAACAAGCCUGCAUCGCCAAUCAGAGGAGAGCAAACAUCCGUGACCUGUAGAAAGUCUCCGGAAAGAUUUCCGGCUUUAAUUCAAGGUCCAACUAAAUUAUCCGACCAACCAAAUCCAAUAGAUUCAAAGACUAAACAGAAAGCCAAAACAAGCUACUGUAGAAAGGUCAAAGGUUGUGGUGAUGAUGUACAUAUAGCAAGUGUUGCAACAGCUGCUUUAGAUGUACAUAUUUCAAAUGGUGAGCUAAUGAAUGUGAAACAAGGUGAAGGUCACAAGUUGUCGCUAACAUCUGACACACCUUUUCUGUUGCCACAAACUGCUGAAUUUGAUGAAAAAACUGAGAGUUACAUAGGAGUAUCCAAACUAUCCAAAAUUGUACAAGGUGUGAGCCCAUAUAGACCACAGUCUGUGGUCUGUCACAAUGAUAGAAGCACCCCCAGGGAUAAUGGCCAGUCUGUAUUGACGGUUUCCUUUGACGAUGCUUCUUUUAGUCCACUGCAAAUUUCUGCUUUCAUGAACUCAGUCCAUGACACGUCUCACACAAAUGCAGAAGAGUCUGAGAAUCAAAGAGUGACAUCACUGACGUCUUUGGAUAUCCAGAGUAACCAUCAUAGCAUUGAUGAUGGGAAUGAUGUCAGUAUUCAGAUUCAAACUUUACAGUCAGCAAAUAUCAGUCAUGACUGUCAGUUGAGUCAGGUCAAGCAGAAUGAUGACCCAAGAGAUGAUCUACUGCACAAUGUUGAAGUCAUUCCACCAAAACAGAAGACUACGCAGCUACAGGGCAAAACCAGAAGACAAAAACAGGGAAAUAAUGGAGAUACAACACAGAAGCCAUCUGGGAAACCACCAAAAACUAGGAUGUAUGGAGAUACAACACAGAAACUUUCUGGGAAACCACCAAAAACUAGGAUGUAUGGAGAUUCAACACAGAAACUUUCUGGGAAACCACCAAAAACUAGGAUGUAUGGAGAUACAACACAGAAACUUUCUGGGAAACCACCAAAAACUAGGAUGUAUGGAGAUACAGAAAAGGAGCCUUCUGGGAAACCACCAAAAAUCCAUUCCAAUGUUGAUGCUGAUUGUAAAGAAACAAAAAAGAAAAAGACGCUGUCAAAAAAUAUUUCAAAUAAUGAAGGAAAUAUUAAUACAAGUAUGAAAAAUGUGAUAGAUUGUUUUGGUAAAGAUAAGAAAUCUCAGUCGUCUUCAAAACUAAGGAAUAAAAACUUGAAUCACCUGCUGAUUAAAACAGUAGACAAUAAAGAAUCUGCCAUGCAAGCUGCUGAUACUCAAAAGAUGGAUUUACUCACAAAAAAAGAGACGAAACAAACCAAAAGGACCCAUAAGAGAAAAGACUCCACUAAACUGGUAAAUUUGGAGGACCAAAAACCAACAGACAUCAGGACAACAAGAUACAGAAGUGGGCGUGGCAUCUCCUCCGUUGAGGCAAAGGGAAAAGAAAAUUCUGGAAUCUCCGUAAGGGUAACCAGGAGUCAAGCAAAAAAACUUGAACCAUCAGGCCAGGCUGCAGGGAUUGAUACGAAACCAGGUGCUAAAAAGGAAAGAGACAAAAAACUGAAAGGUAAACCAACCAAAGUUGUGACUGCAAGUAUCACACCCAUCUGUGGGACACACGACAAUAUUAGUCAAGCUGAUAAAGACAAUAUUGUCGGAACUGAAAUAGAUAAAACUGCUGGAACUGAAAUAGAUAAAACUGCUGGAACUGAAAUAGAUAAAACUGCUGAAGACAAAAAGAUGGAAAAGAUUGUCCCUGUAUUGGGUUGGGCUCUUAGGGCAAGAAAGACUGUUGUGACUGUAGCUCUAAGAAAGUCUACAAUUGAAGAAGCCCUCAGUGCUUCAACCAAUAAGAAACUGGCAGGUGGGACACAAGCAUCAGCUAACUUGCAUGGGAAAGUGACCAGAGCUAGUCAAAGAUCUGUCCAAACUCUGUCCAAAUAUGCAGUACAAUUGGACACAGAUCAUAACACUCAGUGGACCUCUGUCUUGGAAAAACAUAGAAUGUGUAAGCUGAGUGAAUUGGACAAACUUGAACAGAUGUAUGAUGAGCUCAGUGCAUUAGACACUGUCACAGACAAACUUGAACAGAUGUAUGAUGAGCUCAGUGCAUUAGACACUGUCACAGACAAACUUGAACAGAUGUAUGAUGAGCUCAGUGCAUCGAGUAAGAAGUUUGUUGGUGUGCAUCUAUCAAUUGAAGGGAGUCUAAGUAAUGCAGUAGAAGAGGCUGAAUAUAUGCAGGCCAGGGCUUUUAGUAUAAGCUUGAGAGGAACUACUAGAAAAUGGACACCUACAGAAGUCGAAAAGUUCAAAAAUUUGUGUCAAGAGAAAGGCUACCCACCUCACCUGAUUGUGGUUCACGGGUCUCUAUGGAUAAAUUGUGGAUCCCCAGAUUCAGAAAAUUUAAAUAAUUCAAGGCGCAGAUUCGUACAAGAACUAAAACGUUGUGAGAUGUUAGGUCUAACUAAGUAUAUUUUUCACCCUGGGUCUUCCUGUGGGAAAGAGUUAGCUGAGGAAUGUAUCAAUAAAGUUGCAGAGAGCAUUAAUAUGGCACACAGUGAAACAUUUUUUGUAAAAACAGUUAUAGAAAACAUGGCCACUCAGGGACAUACAGUUGGGGGGACAUUGGAGGAGAUUAAGGCCAUCAUUGAGAGAGUUAAGGACAAGUCCAGAGUUGGGGUAUGUCUGGACACAUGCCACGCCCAUGCUGCAGGCUAUAACCUAAGCACAAGGAAGGGCUAUGAGAAACUAAUGAAAGACUUUGAUAAAAUUAUUGGCCUCAAAUAUUUGUGUGCAAUGCACUUGAAUGAUUCUAAAGGUGUUAUGGGAUCUCGGAGAGAUCGUCAUGAAAACAUUGGAAAAGGCCAUAUUGGUGUAGAUUGUUUUAAGUUUUUGAUGAAUGACUCUAGGCUCAACAACAUCCCUUUGAUUCUUGAGACCCCCCUCAAUAACUAUGCUAAGGAAAUACAAGCUUUGUAUCAGCUAGAAAAGCUGUAGUGUUUUCCUAUUAAAUGAGCCAGCCUUGUAUCAACUGAAAGAGCAGUGAUUCUGUUGAUGACAGCCUUGUGCUUAUCUGAUAACACCACUUUGUUAUGUAAGAUGAUGGCUGUUUGUCUGUCAAUAAAAACUAUGAUAAACUAAGGUUCAGUAGGUCAGUGUGUUGAAAUGAUUGAUAAGAAGAUAGGGGUUCAAAUUCUGUUGAAAAUGAUCUGAGACAGCUAAAAAGCCUCAGGGGAAUUGUUUACAUUAUGGGCUAUGUUUAAUGUCUGCUUUCAAUGAAAAAACUUCUUGUAGUUACAAAUCCUCCUAAAAAAUGGUUAGGUGACAGAUUUUUUAAACAGUUGAUUACUCUUAAAAUAAUCUUGUACUGCUGUACUGGUUAUGUCUUAUGUAUAUAAUGUAACAUUUUCUCUAUGUGGUAACAGGCAUUCAAAUUUUUAAAAUUUUUUUAUAACAAUGAAUACUUUUAAAAUUGCUAAUUUUUUUAAAGUAAAAUCUCCAUUUCAUGUAUACCAGUAGGCCUACUAAAGUGAUGUGUGCCAACUAGAAUUAAAGGGGGGGGUAUUUUUCAACAAAAAGAAAUUUGUUAGAUAUUCUUUAUUUGUUAAUUCAAUGUCAUCAGUGUGUUAAUGUUCUGAAAUAAAAAAAUAUUUACAUACACAAACCUUUCCUGUGAUUU